AUGGCCGUCGAGCAAGAGCAGAUUUCUCCAAGACGGCGAUGGGGGAAGAGCAACGUCUGGUUUGACUAUGGAUACAAUUCUGUUUUUGAAGAGAACAGGAGGAGAGAUAGGGAAAGGAAAGAGCAAGCAGGACAGCGUGGGUUCAAAGUUGUAGGACAGGCUUGGAUACUCUUUCAGAUGCUGGCAUUGGUCUCAAUCACCAUCGUCUCCAUUGGGAUCUUUCUACGCAGUGCCAGUGGCCUCUGCUCUGGCAUACCAUGGAGCGUGAGCAUCUGCGAGAGCUCUUGGAUCAAACCGCAUACCUCCAUCCUUGACACGCUCUCACCAGGGAUGUCGCCUACCACCAAAAUCCUCGAGGAAAUCACAAAACUCAAUGAAAUGUCCACCCAACUCGAAUUCGUCGGUUUCGCAACGCAUCUCACCAUGGCAAACCUCACCCAACUGUACCCGAAACUUGAAGAUCCCACGAAGAAUAUCCACCUUGAUGCGAACGACCUCGAAUCGCUAGCGACGAAAGCCAACAUUGCACAGGAGAUGAUCGAACAGCUCAGCUCGAAUGACUACCAUUAUCGACACACUAAUCUUCUCUGGGGACAAUUUGGAAUCCGGUCCCUCAACGAGACUGUCGAACUAUUCACCAGAGAAUUCAAUACGUGGAAUAAUUCCACUUUAGCGUUAUGGGAGCAGGCUUACUAUCGAAUCCCAUACGGCGCACGCUGGACCCGCUCAUACACGCUUCUCAACGUGUAUUUCCAUUUCCUAGGAGAGCAGUUGCUCAAAGUCGAAGAGUUGGUCAAGUUCACGGCGGAGACGAUAUUGGUGUUGAGUGACUGGCUCGGAGAACUUGGAAAGCUGGAAAUGAAAGCUGAGAGCUUGGGCUCUGAGCAUUCGAAGCAGGUACGCCAACUCCCUUUCAUCCUCCUUUCUCGACUCAAUUGCCAGCAUUCAGUGCCUUUGUUUCGCAUGACUGUGUCUGAAAUAUUUCCUGACCUUGCCCCCACCGUAGGUCACCAUGAUGCGCAAGGCUGUUGAGUGGAGCUGGGAUGUCAUUCAGAUCGCCGAGGCGCGGUAUAAAGAUUUAUACCACGAAUUGCGGACCGGGACUCUCGCACUGGAAGCCGAGACGAAGGGCUGUCGAGCUUUCUGGCCGACUCGACGGCUGCUGUCGUUAGAGGAAUUGAAGAGUGUAGUUGACGCGGAAAGGAGACAAAUUGAUACCUACACGGAAACAGCCGUCAGGGCUGGAGAGGUAAGGGUCUCCAGAGGCAGGAGUGAUCGAUCCCCAUUGCAUCGGUCAAUCUAAACCAUCAGCUUGGCUUAUCAUGUCUAUGGAUGCUCGGGCUUCUCUGAAUUGCUGGCUAAUAUAUUCUCUUUUACAUCUUACAGGUCGUCAGCGAGAUCAGUAAGGUGCUGAUGGAAGGUGAAGUCGAGGGUCUUGUGGACGCGAAGGUGGAAGCCGCGAUCGCAAAGCGGGAUUUGAAUUGGUGGUAA